UCUUCCCACCAACUUGUUUGAUAACUGUCAGUGGGGUUUACAACCUUGAAGCGCGGAGUCGUCUCAAAAUGAGUGUCAAGAUAUUUAUAGUUGGCCUGGCGUUACUGUACGCAAACGCUACACCAGAUAACGACCUGAACGACUGGUUGAAUUUCAUAUCGAAGCAGAAUAAAGGAAGUUCAACGGGAUCUGAGGAAAGUAAUCCAGACUUGACGCCCACGAAUGUUAAAUCAUCGGAUGGUGAAAGAACGUGUAAACUAAACAAACAUGAAGAGGGAGUGUGCGUCGACGGAAGUCUCUGCGACGGAAAUCCUGAUGCCACAAUAUCAUUUACAUUAAGGGAAAAAAGCACUUGUAAUGGCAUUGAGGUGUGCUGUUCAAGAAAUAACAUCAGAGCUGCUUCAACGACGCAGCUCAUGGCUCCAGACGGUUGUGGCUUCAGCAACGCUGGGGCGAUACCAUACCAGAGACCCUCAGACCCUGGAUAUGCUGAAUUCGGGGAAUUCCCUUGGAUGAUAGCUGUGAUUAGAAGGUCCGGAGACAUCGGAGAUUUUGACGACAAAUACGCAGCGGGAGGCGCUUUGGUACAUCCGAAGGUUGUCAUAACCGCAACCCAUAAGGUCAGGGACUAUGGGCCGCAAGAGUUGAUGGCGCGAGCCGGUGAAUACAACACUCGCUCCGUAUCUGAAGUCUUCUUUCACCAAGAAAGGGGCGUCGCAAAAAUUGUAACACACAAACAGUUCUCUGAUGUGCACGUCCACUACGACGUCGCGCUGCUGAUGCUGUCCGCCCCAUUCAACCUGGUGGACGCCCCUCACAUCGGGGUCGCGUGUUUGGCGCCUCGCCUCCCACGCCCGGGGACCAGAUGCUACAGCAUGGGCUGGGGGCACGACUUCCUCAACCAGGACAAGAACUCCGUCAUUCUGAAGAAGGUGGAAGUGCCUUUAGUGGAGUCGUCCACCUGCGAGCAUCAGUAUAAGAACACCAAACUGGGCUCCCAGUUCCACCUCCACAGGACCCUGACCUGUGCGGGGGGUGAGGAGGGCGCGGACACGUGCAAGGGUGACGGCGGCAGUCCCCUCGUGUGCCAGAUACCGAACACCCAGAGGUUCGAGGUGGUGGGUCUCGUGGCGUACGGCCUGGGCUGCGGGACGAAACUUCCAGGUGUUUAUGUGAACAUACCAGAGCUCUUCGACUGGGUCGGCGGAGAGUUCACCUGGGCAGGACUCAAUAAAAGCUCUUUCGUAUAUACGGCGUAGGAAACCUGUUACGCUUAGAGAAGUCUCUAUUUAGCGAGUAAAUAAAAAAAAUCGAGCUGUGAGACAUAAAAAACGCCGCCUCAUUAAAAAAGGACACAGAGUAAUAAAAAGGUUGAAGUCUUGUCUAGAUUUGAAAGUAAAUUUAUUUGAUUCUUUGUCGUAACAAAAUUAAGCAGGUCUAAAUUAAAUGGUCUGGCGACAAUUCUCUAACUCACGUUUUUUGGAGUUUUUCUGACAUUAGAAUGUUCUAUGAUUUCAAGAAUUUGUUAUUUCCAAGAUCCAAAGAUGAGAAAAUCUUGGUUUCAGAUCACUCUUCACUCCCAUUUAAAUAUAAUGAUCUCUUGAAAAGUUGUUCUUUAAAAGUCAACUAGAUGGCGCUUUUAAUAAAAUAUAAAAA